GUUACAUCCGUGCAACCAACAAUUACUUGAUGAUCUUAAGAAGAAGUAAAUGAGUAUUUCUAAUGGUAUAUUAGAUAGCUUGAGAAUGUAGUUUAAAAUGAAGUCGUUUUGUAUAUGGCACUUCAUACCAUAGCAGCACAUGUUCGCCAACUCUCACGUCCUCUGUCAGUGCUCAGAGCAGCCACCACAAUGUCGACCAAUCAUGUCCUUCUACUUGGCGGUAGUGGAAAAGUAGCUCGGCUGUUAACUCCGAUGCUCCUUCACCAGUCGUGGGACGUUACUAGCAUUAUUUAUAACCCAGACCAAAUCGCAGAUUUGAAACAACUUGGUGUUAAUCAGAACGGCAAAUUAAACGUUCUUGUCCGCAGCCUCGAAGAUAUAAAGAAUGAGACAGAUGCUAAGCGUCUAAUUGAUGAAAUUAAGCCUAGUUAUGUGGUCUGGAGUGCCGGUGCUGGAGGAAAGGGAGCACCAGAACGGACCGAAGCAAUCGAUCGCGAUGCCGCGAUUCACUGUAUUCGCGCCUCCAUAGCAUCACCGUACAUUACGAAAUUUGUCAUGAUAUCUUUCAAUGGAUGCCGUUAUGAGAAGCCACCUUGGAUAGACGAGACACACUGGCAGGAAUAUCUCAAGGUGACGCGAAAUCAUUACCAGCGAUACUACGAAGCGAAGCUGCCAGCGGAUGAAGUAUUAUAUGUGGAAGGAAAGAAACGGAAGGACUUUGCAGGAAUCUGCCUUCGUCCCGGUCGGCUCUCCAUGGAACCCGUUGGUAAAGUAAGUCUCGGGAAAUUUCCACGGGUAGAAGGGUAUACCAGCCGUGCAUCCCUUGCAUAUACUGCAGCGCUAUUGCUCGAUUCGCACAACAAGAAUUGCUGGUUGGACAUACUAGACGGCGACGAGGAUCCGGAAGCGGCCGUAAAGAGAUGCAUCGAGGAAGAAGUGGAUUGCGCUGAAGGAGAAUAUUUCUACUGAAUAUCGAGAACAGUCAUCGAUUCAAAUCGACACGCAACAGUAAUUCACAAUAUAGUAAAGACAUACGAUAAGACGUAUAUUAUCAUGUGCGGCUAUGUCGCGACUGGUUUCCAUCGUCGUCUUUUUGUAUGGAAAGGAACCUUGGAAAUGAGGGGGAUGCGCACGUUUCACUCAUCCAAAAAAAAAAAAAAAAAAUCAGACUUUCGCCCUUCAGGGGUACUUCGUGGGCAACGCAAUACCAUAUGCGAACACAUUAUCUGGGUCCCACACUUUCUUCAAAGCAGCCAAGCGAGGCAAUUUCUCUGACCCGUAUAUUUGUUCAAGAGACUCAUCUCCGUAUGCAUAAUUAACGUAGACCGACAAGUCAGGGUAGCCGGAAGUCGCCACGAAGUCGUUGCGAAUUUCACGGCCAAGUGCGCCCGUUACAUUAUGAAAGUAGCUAUUAUUUUGGCCUGACCAAACAAAUUGUAUAAUCCUUUGGCUAAGAUGUCAGCAGCUCGCUCAUGGAAUCGCGCCUUCUUAGGGAAUAAUGAAAGCAAAUAGGAAGAAGCGCAUAUCAGGGUUACGUACAUGCUGCCCAGAGCUUGUCGCCAUGGGUAUGCCGUCGCGUCGCUUGGUGCCGCAGACAUUGCUUGAUUAGGGAAAAUCUCAAGGUCGAUAGCAUCCGGAUAAUCAUCGAAGAAACUCGCCAUUUUCUUGAACACACUCGUAUAAGUCGACGCCGAGAGGUUUUGGACGUUAG